CGUAACAUUUGUGAAAGUCCAUGAAAGGUGAUUGUUUAAUAUCUAUCUUUACAUCAGCUGUGCAAAGUACUUCAAAAUAGACCUUUACGUAAUCUGUUGUAGAUGGUAGCAAUUUCUUGAGCAUUACAUCCACGCAAAAUAUAUCUCCUCAAUGGCCCAGAAAAAUGAGUGAUCAGCAUAAAUUGAUGUGGUUAUUUUAUAUCCUCAUUGUGUCAGUUGUGCUAGUUUCGUUGGAACUUGAAAUGGAGCUGUUCUCGUCACUAAGAAGUGUUUUCACGUCCGAAGAGGUGGAAACAGAUGAAAAGUAUGUUAUUAUGAUGGAUGCAGGCAGCAGUGGUACCCGGAUGCACAUCUAUUUAUUCCAUUCAAACACAAGUGGUCCACUGUCCCUAGAAGCAGAAUACAAAAUAAGAUCCCAGCCAGGACUUUCUGCUUACACGGAAGAACCCAAUGAGAUAACUCUUAUUUUAUCUGGCUUACUGGGAGUUGCCCAAAAGUACAUUCCGGCUGAUCAGUGGAGUGACACUCGCUUAGCCUUAAUUGCAACGGCUGGUCUGAGAACUAUAUCUGACGAUGAUGCAAAUAUUGUCUUGGAAACGGUACGUGAAGUGUUUGAAAAAUCUCCAUUCCUUUUUAAUAAUAAUGAUGCAUAUCUACUUACAGGAGCACAGGAAGGUCUUUAUGCAUGGUAUGGUUUGAAUUUCUUACUUGAUCAAUUAAAGGAUGCAGCUGACACGGCAGCAUUGAUAGAUUUAGGUGGACAAUCAAUACAAAUUGCAUUCGCUGAGGACAGUUAUGAUAUUCAAACGUUAAGAAUCGAUGACUUGCAAAAAUUACAAGAGAGGAGUAGGGUUUUAUAUACAAAAAGUUAUUUAGGAAAUGGCCUACAGAAUGCGAGACUCUCUCUUGCCCAAAUAACAACAGAUCCAAUUCUGUUUAUAAAUGCCAUAGAAUACAAUGGCAUCGUGACAUUUGGAAGUCCUUGCAUACAUCCGGAUACAGAAGAGUUUUGGGAAUACGAUUUUAAGAGAAAACUCGUUAAAAAUCAAAGUUAUGAAAAGUAUGGCUUUGAAAAUUGCUAUCUAAAGGCUGUAGCAUAUCUGGAUAACAUUAUUCACAAACCUCGCAAUCUCGGAAAACGAGAAAUAUAUGCCCUGUCAAGCCACAUAGAUCGAGGUUUUGAAUUAGGUCUUAUUGAUUUUCAAGGUGGAAACUGUACAGUCGGGGAGUUUGUGGAUACUUGCAAAUUUUUUUGUAACAAUUUGAUGCCUGCAACAACAUUUACUUGCCUCGAUUGCAGUUAUAUUUCAGCAUUUUGGCAACAUGGCUUAGGCCUUCGUAGAGAAAAGGAAAUCCAAGAAUUUAACUAUCAAAUGCAGCAUAUUCAAGGUGUAAAAAAUCCAGCUGAUUAUUUAUCUAGUGUACCUCUUAGAAAUGCUGUACGUCAAGUCUUUAAAAAAUCUCCCUUCCUUUGCAAUAAUGAUAGCGCAACAAUACUCGAAGGAGAGGAAGAAGGUAUCUAUGCAUGGUACUCUUUGAAUUUCUUAUUAGGUCGUUUGAACGAUGUCAGCCAUUCUGCCAUUUCUACCGAUUUAGGAGGACAAUCAUUUGAAAUUACUUUAUCAUCAGAUGGUGCAAAAACUCCCUCGGCUGAUACGAGAAACUACUACCUUUUACCUAAACUACAACAAAAACCAAUAUCGUUAUAUACCAGAAGUUAUGCAGGUUUCGGAGGAGUCAGUGCAAGACUUUCCCUAAUGCCUCCCUCAUCUGGUUACUUGGCUAUUGCAGAAAAUAAUGGCACAUAUGAAGUUCUACAUCCAUGUUUUCAUCCACUUGACAAAUUUUUUUGGGAAGGAAAUCUCAAGAAACGGAUGAUUGAGGUCAACAGCAGCGAACUGUACAGUUUUGAAAAUUGUUACCGCAAAGCCACCGAGUAUUUGAGAAGUUCUAUUGAUUUAAAAUCAAUUGAUUUCGGAGGAAGAGAUUUCUAUGGCCUCAAAGGUCAAUUUGAUCAUGCCUACGAAAUAGGUGCCAUAGAUAACAAAAAUGAUGUUUGUACGGUUGGUGAAUUUGUCAAUGCCUGCAGAUCUUUCUGCAACUCAUAUGAAAUCCUCUCAACAUUCACAUGCCUUGAUUGCAGUUAUAUUUCAGCAUUAUGGAUACACGGAUUAGGACUUGAUAGCAAGAUGGUAAUAAAGUUUGCAGAAGAGAUAAGAGGAAUUGGUACUGGCUGGGCAUUGGGUGUGGCUCUUAGCUUACUACAGUAAGAAUGCUUUACAACAGCCCAAUAAAACAUAAUUCCACAGAAGUACAGAAUAUGACUGAAGAUUUUCUACUACCAUUCAAAACUGAAAAUCAGAUAUUUUUAUUUAGUUUAUAUAUGCUUGAAAUUAAGAUGUUGUAAUAAUAUUAUAUAUUUACAAUGAUAAAGCAAU